CGCCAUGUCCCGCUGGUAGCGGCCGCGCCCGGUGCCCCCCGGGCCCCCCCCGCCCCGGGGCCUUCCCGGUGCCGCGGGUGGCGAUGUCUUCGCGCUCCGCCCUGGCGGCGGGGAACGAGCGGAACGCGGACACGCUGGCGGGCCUGGGGGGCAGCCGUUCAGAGAAAGGUUCGGCAUGGUCGAGCCGCUCGUUGGGCGCGCGCUGCCGCAACUCCAUCGCGUCGUGCCCCGAGGAACAGCCCCACGUCGGAAACUACCGCCUGCUGCGCACCAUCGGCAAAGGCAACUUCGCCAAGGUCAAACUGGCCCGGCACAUCCUCACCGGCCGCGAGGUCGCCAUAAAAAUCAUUGACAAAACCCAGCUGAACCCCACGAGCCUGCAGAAGCUCUUCCGGGAAGUUCGGAUCAUGAAGGGGCUGAAUCACCCCAACAUUGUGAAGCUGUUUGAGGUCAUAGAGACGGAGAAGACGCUGUAUUUGGUGAUGGAGUACGCCAGCGCCGGCGAGGUGUUCGAUUACCUGGUGUCCCACGGGCGCAUGAAGGAGAAAGAAGCGCGAGCCAAGUUCCGGCAGAUUGUGUCAGCUGUGCAUUAUUGCCAUCAGAAGAAUAUUGUCCACCGUGACCUCAAGGCAGAGAACCUCCUGCUGGAUGCGGACGCCAACAUCAAGAUUGCGGACUUUGGGUUCAGCAAUGAGUUCACGCUUGGCUCCAAGCUGGAUACGUUCUGCGGAUCUCCUCCGUAUGCCGCACCUGAGCUCUUCCAGGGCAAGAAGUACGAUGGCCCCGAGGUUGACAUCUGGAGCUUGGGCGUCAUCCUCUACACCCUUGUUAGCGGCUCCCUGCCCUUUGACGGCCACAACCUCAAGGAGCUGCGGGAACGCGUUCUUCGCGGGAAGUACCGGGUACCGUUCUAUAUGUCCACCGACUGCGAGAACAUUCUGCGCCGCUUCCUGGUGCUGAACCCAGCCAAGCGCUGCACCCUGGAGCAAAUCAUGAAGGACAAGUGGUUGAACAUCGGUUACGAGGGGGACGAGCUGCGCCCGUACCGCGAACCCGAGGAGGACCUGGGGGACACCCAACGCAUCGAGGUGAUGGUAGGCAUGGGCUACAGCCGCGAGGAGAUCCGUGAGGCGCUGAGCACCCACCGCUACAACGAGGUGACGGCCACCUACCUGCUGCUCGGCCGCGCUGCUCAGGCGGAACCGGGAGAGUCGCGGGCGCUGGCGCGGGUGCGGGCACCCAACGAGGCCAACGGCGCCCGGGCAGCACCCGGUAAGGGUCCACCGCGCGGCUCCGGCACCACCGGCACCACCUAUCACCGGCAGCGGCGGCACAGCGACUUCUGCGGCCCCUCGGUGCUGCCUGCGCCCCCCAAGCGCAGCCCCACGAGCACGGGUGACACGGAGCUGAAGGAGGAGCGGCUGCCGCCGCGCAAAGGCAGUGGGGGUAUGGGGGGCACAGCGGGCACGCGUGGGGCACCCCCUUCCAGCCCCAUGGUCAGCAGCGCCAACAACCCCAACAAAGCUGAGAUUCCGGACCGGCACAAGGACGGCGCCAGCAAUGCUCCCCACGUGCCCCCCAGCGCCAUGGGGCGCCGCAACACCUACGUCUGCACCGAGCGUUCGGGGGCCGAGCGGCACGCGCUGCUGCCCAAUGGCCGCGACCACAGCUCGGUGGCUGUCCGUGUGCCGCCCGCAUCCCCGUCCAGCCACAGCCUGGCUGCCGGCUCGGAGCGUGCCCGCCUGGCGCGGGGCUCCGCUGGCCGCAGCACCUUCCACGGUGGCCACGUGCGGGACCGGCGCUCUCCAGCUGCGGCCAACGGACCCCCUGCGUCCCCCACGGCGCCCGAACCCCCCACGCUGCCCCAGAGCCGUUCCCGUGCCACCGCCAACCUCUUCAGCAAGCUGACCUCCAAGCUGACGCGACGGGUGACCCUGGAUCCUUCCAAGCGGCAGAGCUCGAACCGUUGCGUCCCCGGCAGCCCCGCGCCGCCCGGCGCCAAGAUCCGGUCCCAGACGAACCUGAGGGAAUCCGGGGAUCUACGCUCGCAAGUUGCCAUCUACCUUGGGAUCAAGCGGAAGCCGAACCCUGGCUGCUCGGAUGCUGCGGGCCUGUGAGGAUACGGAGCUCCUGACCGCAGCCAUGGGGCGGCAUCAUGCCCGGCCACGUGCCAGCCCCAGCCCUUCCCGCUCUCCUGCAACCCUCAGCCGGGCACCCGGUAGCCAACUCCUGCCUCUUUGGCACCUUGGCCUCUACGGCGAGCGAUUCGACGUCCGGACGGCAUCGCUUGGAGCCUUCUGUGCUAUCCUGGCACCUAUGGGCCGAGCGUAACACCAGCUCCAAGGAGCCACCGGAGCUGGAAAAACCCCACCUCGAGGGCUGUGCCCGGCCUGGGGGGGGAUACGUUGGCACCAGGAAGGAGGCACUGGAUCCGGCACCCAGGAUUCUGGAGACCACCCAAGGGAUGUACCGUAUCCAACACCCGCAGCAGGAAGGCGCCUCCCCCAUAUCCCCCCCCCCAGGGAUGCACUGGAGCUACAACCCAGGGCUGUGUCGGCACCGGGAUUCACUCAGCAGCCGUGUCAGAUCCAGGACUGCGGAAUACACCGGAACCACCGAAGGAUGCAGCAGAUCCGGCAGCUACGGCUGCGUCGGCGCUGGAUCUGGCAGCUCUGGGAACCCUUGGGGAUCUACGGGUCCGUGGUGGAGCUGCUGACUCGGGGUUGGGGAGCAUGGGGGGGACACCCCAGCUCCGGAACUACUGGGAUUUGGCGGUCCCAACUGCCCCCCCGGUGCCCUGUAUAGCUGUAAAUACGGCCCUGGGCCCUGCGGCACCGGUGCCGCCCCCCUCCCCACCACAUUUUUAAGUUAUUCCAGCCCAGUUUGUGCCCCCAUCCCA